AUGACGGGAUAUUUCAACUUGCUUCCCUCAGAAAUCUCAGGACUAGUCCUGGGUUUUCUAAGGGAUAGUGAUUGUGUUGGUGCAGCAGGGGCUUUUCUCCAAGAAAGUGUUCACUUAUCAGAAUUUCGUUGUCAUUAUGCAUCAGUGGACGAGAUACCUUUGUAUUUCAGGGAGCUUACUUUGCUAGACAUUAUACACGAUUAUGUGAAAAUCAUUAAUGAAGUUGUACCGCACUUGAAGAAGCUCAACCUUUCUUAUCAACUGGGUAAUCUAGCUGUUUCUGUGGCACAACUUUUAAAAUCAUUUUCGGAGAAUAUUUCCUCCAGUGCACGUCAGAAGUCGUCUUAUCCUUCUGUGCAUUCUGUUCGGAUGCCACUUGGAAAAUCUUAUGUCCCGCCACGGAUAGUGUCCGCUAGUCAAACUUUAUCUAUAGUCCGGCCUCCAUUGGCUACCGUGAGACCCAAUCCUACUAUGAAUGUACCAACAGCUUCACUACCCAACACAAUAAAUUCCAAUUUGACUAGUGAAACUGGUAAUACAUGUUCUGGAGAUGAUAGUACAACAUCAACUAACUCAAGGGUAAAUCAACCAGUAUUUCAAAUAUAUAGACAACCGUUGACAACAUGUAGUGAAAUACCUUCUUCUGAGUCAUAUUCUGAUCAGUCUUUGAAUUCAUCAAACUCUAUUACAAUUUGUCAACUUAACGAGACUGCACAGAAAACUGAUGGUAGGCGUACAGAAUGCAUAGUUGAAUCACAACAAAAUGAGCAGACAAUACAUCCUUCUAAUUCCUUGUCAUCAGUGUCAUGUACUUCACUUCAGUCAACUUGUACUUCUGCUGACCAAAGUGUUACUGAUUUAAACGUUCACAUAGUCGGCAGUGAGGUUAAUCAUUAUGAAAGUACAACACAACAAGUUUACUACAACUUACAGCCGAUUGAUGAAGUCAACAGUUUACUGUCUGAUAAUAAUUGUAUAUUCUCUGUCUUUCCACUUUUACCACCUCCAUUGUCGUCAUCAGAUACACUGGGGAUUACAGACAUAGAUUGUCUUGAACCUAUACAGGAUAAUGUUGAUGCUAACGGUGCUAAUAGUUGUACAUCUGCUAAACGUAGACGAAGUCAGCCACCACGUCAGUUGUUAUCAUCACCUGGAUGUGGAAACUCAAUGUUGGGUUCAACCACUACUAAUUGUGAAGAAGAAUUAGAUAUGGAGCAUUUCUUAUCAGCGCUGUUCGCAAAUGCUGAACAUGUGGCUACACGAAUUAAUACUGAAGUUGGUGUAUUGAAUCGUUGUCCACAUUUAGAUGCCUCCAGUCAAUUGAAUAUUAACAAUACAGAAGAAAUUGAUAUCGAUUAUUGUAAUUCGUCCAGAAGCUCUUAUGAAAGUGAUAAACGUGUAGUGGAUAGUAGUACUUCAGAUAAUGUUGUUGUCAAUUUAUGCAAUAAUGAUACGAAUGUGUACACAUCAUCUACAACAUUGUACACUUGUAAUGAUUUCUAUACAGAAUCAUCAGAUAGUAUACAAAUGUGGAAUGAUUGGUUCGGUGUGAAAGGUGAUUUAGACACAUGUAUUGAUCGUCUAUUGUCUGAUCUUGAAUCAGGAAGUGAAUUGAUCAGCACUUCGACUACUACUACUACUACUACUACUACUACUAGCACUACUUCGAUUGAUGCUACGACUACUCUUGAGACGAUUACUGAUGGUGGCAUUACAAAUCAUAAUACUAAUGAUGCAACAGUAAUGACUAGUGAUGAUAAUACGUCUCAGUCACUGAUAACAAUGAUAUCAAUGUCUAAUAGUAGUAAUAGUAGUAGUAUUACAUCCAACUCUGAUGUAUCUCAACCACUUUUAACUGUAUCAUCGAUAUCUUCGCCAAUUUGUACAACAGUCAUUACUACUACAUUAGCUGUGUCGACCACAACCACCACAACAGCAACAGACACACCACACUUGCUUCAGUCUAAUUCACUCACGAUUUCAUCAUCUUCAGCAUCAUUACAGAAUGACAGCAAUGCUACUACCACCACCACUACUACUACUAACAUCCCAAUAACAACUAGUGUAUCAUCAACUGUAGUCAGUGCCAGAAGUAGUCAAAGUCAACAACAUUUAACUAAUAAGAGAGAUCGUAAGAAGUUGUUAAUCACCUCAUCAUCUUCAUUAUCAUCAUCAUUUUGUACAAGUCAAUUAACUAAUUAUUCAUCUGAACACUUUCCAAGUAAACGCCAAUGUCUAAUUCAAUCGAAUAAUAAUAAUAAUAAUAAUAAUAAUAAUAAUAAUAAUAAUAAUAAUGCCAGCGGUAGUAUAAAUCAUCUUCCAGCUAUUCUGAUUACUCCAGAUGCCAAGAAGGAUAAUUGUCAUUAUUACUAUUAUUGUUAUGUUGAUAAUAAUAAUAACAAUAAUAAAAGUGAAUAUAGUCUAGUAAACAAUCAAAAUAAUGAUGAUAAUGGUUUAUGCUAUUCUAAUUCACCAAGUUGUGAAUUAUUCAGAGAGAAUACAGGGAAAAAAUUUUUACCUACUACUACUACUACUAGUACUACUACUACUAUACCAUUUCAGGAGUAUUAUCAACUCCAAAAUUCUGAUCAAUGCCAUCAUCGAUCGUUGAAUAAUAAUAAUAAUAAUAAUAAUAAUAAUAAUAAUAAUAAUCCACCUUCUAUAUGUUAUUAUUCUAUGCCACAAAAUUCACAUACUCAAACUAUUCUCAGUAAUACUACAAAUAUGAAAACAUUUCUGUUAAGUGAUCACUUACCAAUUAUUGAUCUAUGCCAAUUUUCAGGGGAUUCAAUCACUAUCACUCCUCAUAUACCUAAUAACAAUAUGGUAACAACAGUAGGUGGAAUUUGUACAACAAAAAUCGAUUCAAUGGUUAAUACUGCUUAUUUUGAUGUAACAGGUUCAUUGUUAAAUUUUAUUCCUAUCAGUAGUAGUUGUACAACUAAUUUUCCGAUUGUUUCAAGCACUUCUAUCAAUGUCACUGCUGUUGCUGCUGCUGCUGCUGCUGUCAGUACUACUUCUGGUACUACUGAUAGUAUUGGUACCAUAGCUAAUUCAAAUAUUCUUCUUAAUGUUAAUGAAGAUAGGGUUCAUGAAGAGAAGUCUAUUACAACCAUUAGUCGACAGUAUCCAAAUUCUUCUGCAGAAAUGAUGAUGCUGUUGAUUGAUUCAAAAGAGAACCUACCACCAUCAUCUGCUACCGUUAUUCAAGUUUUAUCUGAUACCUUCACGUUUAUUGUUGGACCAUUAUACAGUUACAUGAAGUCCAAUGAUGUGAUUGGUUUUAAACAUUAUCGAAUUACGUGA